AUGGCGAGAAUCAAGGUUCAUGAGCUGAGGGAGAAAUCAAAAGCGGAUCUAUCGACUCAGUUGAAUGAUCUGAAGGCGGAGCUUGCUCUUCUUCGCGUCGCUAAGGUCACCGGAGGUGCUCCCAAUAAGCUCUCCAAGAUCAAGGUGGUGAGGAAGUCGAUCGCUCAGGUGUUGACAGUUGUCUCACAGAAGCAAAAGUCUGCUCUGAGGGAGGCAUACAAGAACAAGAAGUUUUUGCCUCUGGAUCUUCGUCCCAAGAAGACUAGAGCCAUCAGGAGGAGACUCACCAAGCAUCAGGCAUCGCUCAAGACAGAAAGGGAGAAGAAGAAAGAAAUGUACUUUCCAUUGAGAAAGUAUGCUAUCAAGGUUUAA